GCUUUAUUCCUCCGGGGAUCUCGAUUUCCGUCAACAAUUCACUCGUCGGCCGAUUAUCUCCGACGACUUACUUCACUUCAACUUCACUCGCCGUCUUUAGGAGUUCGAUUUCGUCUGUAUCAUAUAAGGAAAUUGUAAUUAGGUUUGUGUAAGAACAUGAAGAACUCGGAGGAGAAGGUGGUUGCCGUGAUCAUGGUCGGCGGUCCGACUAAAGGUACUCGAUUUCGGCCGCUUUCGUUUAAUACUCCGAAACCUCUCUUUCCUCUUGCGGGUCAGCCGAUGGUUCAUCAUCCUAUUUCUGCUUGUAAAUCGAUCCCUAAUUUGGCACAAAUAUUCCUUAUCGGAUUCCACGAGGAGAGGGAAUUUGCAUUAUAUGUCUCAUCAAUUUCCAGUGAACUCAAAAUCCCAGUCAGAUACUUAAAAGAAGACAAACCUCAUGGUUCAGCAGGUGGUCUUUAUUACUUUAAAGAUCUCAUUAUGGAAGAUAAUCCGUCUCAUAUCUUUUUGUUAAACUGUGAUGUCUGCUGUAGCUUUCCUCUACCAGAAAUGCUCGUUGCCCAUAGAAGGUAUGGUGGGAUGGGGACAUUAUUAGUUAUAAAGGUUUCAGCUGAGGCUGCUAGCGAGUUUGGCGAGUUAGUUGCUGACCCAAUUACCAAUGAACUUUUGCAUUACACAGAGAAACCAGAGACUUUCGUGAGUGAUUUGAUAAAUUGUGGUGUUUACAUUUUCACCCCAGAAAUAUUUAAUGUUAUUGAGGAUAUACAUACACACUACGAAGACAGAGCUAAUCUGCACACUUUAUCCAGCUCUGAGGCCCUUUGGUCGGCAACAAAGACGCCUGCUAAGGAUUUCGUUAGACUGGAUCAAGAUAUUUUGUCACCUCUUGCUGGAAAGAAGCAACUAUACACUUAUGAGACGAUGGAUUUCUGGGAACAGAUCAAAACUCCAGCGAUGUCUUUGAAAUGCUCUGCUCUGUACCUUGCCCAAUUCCGACACAAGUCUCCCAAUCUCUUGGCUUGCGGUGAUGGAACCAAGAACCCGACAGUCGUUGGUGAUGUUUAUAUCCAUCCAUCAGCAAAAGUACAUACAACUGCAAAGAUUGGUCCAAACGUUUCAAUCUCUGCAAAUGUUCGAGUUGCUGCAGGCGUAAGGCUCAUGAGUUGCAUCAUCUUAGAUGAUGCCGAAAUACAGGAAAAUGCAUUUGUUAUGUACGCAAUCGUUGGUUGGAAGUCGUCUUUAGGGAAAUGGUCACGUGUUCAGGGUGAAGGAGAUUACAAAACAAAACUAGGAAUCACCAUUCUUGGAGAAGCUGUGACGGUUGAGGAUGAAGUGGUCGUGGUUAACAGCAUUGUUCUUCCAAACAAAAUUCUCAAUAUAAGCGUACAAGAGGAAAUCAUUCUCUAAAGUCGUCGACUGCUAAUUUAGAUGCUUGUUUAUCUGAAUCAACUUGGAACGUUGUCGAAAUCAUGCGCUUCCUUCCGUUCCAAAAGCGAGGUUCGUGUUUUUACAAGUAAAAUUUAUUUAAUGUUGUUUUCUAUUUGUGGGUCGUGUUGUUUUCGGCUAACUUAUGGGUUGGCUCAUCCAAGUUAUCUUGAGUGAGCUUGGUCAAUGCUUUCUAAGGCUAUGCAAUUUUGCAAGAGCUCUUUAGGUUUUAAGUUUAGCUUUUUAUUUUAUGUUCCAAAGUGUUGUUUUUUUACCUUUAAUAUUUGUUCAUACUCUUCACAACCCGUUGGCUGGUUGUUUCAACAGGUUUUUUCAUAAUUUCUUUAAAAAAGUCCAAAUCUC